AUGGGGCAGGGCAAGAUCUGUGAUGUUGAUGCCAACGCUGGUAAUGACGAUGAUGAUGAUGGUUGUGAUGAUAACUGUCUUGUUAUUGCCGCACUUAUUGCUUGCUCUUGGGCUAAGCCUGGUGUGUUGGCGCCUUUGCCACUGGCCUAUGCAAAUGCCCCACUAUAUGCCUCUGGUGGCAGCAGUCAAGUGGACGUCCGUAACAAUUAUGAUGGAACGCUGUCAUCCUAUACCACGGCACCGUUCCAGUUUACCGCUCCAUUCUCCAGUCGUUAUGUAUCCGGAAUUCCGGCAGCUCCAGCUGUGGUCGCCAAAUACGCAGCAGCCCCAGUAGCUGCCCCCUUAGCCGCUUCAUUGGCUGCUGCUCCUCUAGUAUCGUCCUACGCAGCACCUUAUACAUCUCCAUAUUUGUCUGCUUCUUUCGCCGCUCCUUUAGCAUCGCCCUAUGCUGCUCCUUACGCUACUUCCUAUGCUGCUGCUCCAACCCCCGCUGUAUUUUAAUU